CCGCACUGUGCGCCGCUGCCCGCAUCUGGAACAAGACGUUUUCGCAGCAGUGUCAGGAUUUUUGCACAACUCUCCCACCUGGAAGACCAGGGAUGGGCCGCCUGGCGUUAAAAGAAGCCUCACAUCUUUUCAUGGCAAACUCUGAAGAGCAGAGCUGCUUGAUUUAAUGAACAUAUAGAGCUGGACGACAUCUGCCUGUAUGAUGCAUUUCACUUGCCCGUAGAUUAUUGUGCAAGUAGCAAGAGCAGAGCAGCCAUUACCCUUCAGUGCAGCAAUUGAAUGGAAAUAUGGACACCUUCAAUGGAGGGAUUUUGACUCAACAUGUCCAGGAACCAUGAGCCUGGUCACUCAGUAGGGAUGUUGGCUGCCGUGGAACAUGGUCCCAUCCUCUGCAGCGACUCCAACAUCCUCUGCCUCUCGUGGAAAGGCCGGGUCCCCAAGAGCGAGAAGGACAAGCCGGUCUGUCGGAGACGGUACUAUGAGGAGGGCUGGCUCGCCACGGGGAACGGGAGGGGAGUCGUUGGGGUGACGUUUACUUCGAGUCACUGCAGGAGAGACAGGAGUACACCUCAGAGAAUCAAUUUUAACCUACGAGGACACAACAGCGAGGUUGUCUUGGUGCGUUGGAAUGAGCCCUUUCAGAAGCUGGCCACCUGCGAUAUGGAGGGAGGUAUUUUUGUGUGGAUCCAGUAUGAAGGAAGAUGGUCUGUGGAGUUAGUGAACGACAGAGGAGCCCAGGUGAGUGACUUCACCUGGUCACAUGACGGCACUCAAGCCCUUAUCGCGUACAGGGACGGCUUCGUGUUAGUCGGCUCAGUCAGUGGACAAAGACACUGGUCCUCAGAGAUUAACCUGGAGAGUCAAAUCACCUGUGGCAUCUGGACCCCUGAUGAUCAGCAGGUGUUGUUUGGUACAGCAGAUGGGCAGGUGAUAGUAAUGGACUGCCACGGCCGGAUGCUUGCCCAUGUUCUGUUACAUGAGUCUGACGGGAUCGUGAGCAUGUCCUGGAACUGCCCGAAUUUCCUGGUGGAGGACAGCACAGAGAGUGACACAGACUCUGACGACAAUAUUCUGCCUUUAGUGCGGCGAGUCAAGCCACUGUUAACAGUCACCUUCUUAUCGGGAGAUAUCAGUCUGAUGAACAACUACGAUGACCUCUCUCCUGCUGUAAUUCGCUCAGGGCUGAAAGAUGUUGAGGCCCAGUGGUGCUCCCAGGGAGAUCUGCUGGCUGUGGCCGGCAUGGAGAGACACGGGCUUCCUCCCGACUCUGUGUGUGCAUCCAUCAUGAAGAACGCCCUUGUUAAGUUCUAUAACGUCCAAGGAGAACACAUCUACACUUUGGAGACACCGGCACAGAGGCCCAUCACCACCAUCUGUUGGGGUCACAGAGACUCUCGUCUCUUCCUUGCCUGCGGACCAGCUCUGUACGUGGUGCGUGUGGAGCACAGGGUCGCCAGCCUCCAGCUCUUAUGCCAGCAGGGCAUCGCCAGCGCCCUGCGAGAGGAGAAAGAUGUGGGGAAACUCAACAUGCCGUCGUUGCUCUGCUCUUAUGUCACCACUGCUUUCAUACCGACCAUCAAGCCCCCAAUCCCUGACCCCAACAACAUCCGGGACUUUGUCAGCUAUCCCACCGCGGGCAACGAGAGGCUCCACUGCACCAUGAAGCGGGCGGAAGACAGCCCGGAGGCAGGCGGACCCUGCUACACUCUCUACCUGGAAUAUUUAGGAGGGCUGGUGCCUAUUCUCAAAGGAAGGAGGAUCAGCAAACUACGGCCUGAGUUCAUCAUCAUGGAUCCAAAAACAGACAGCAAAGCAGAGGAGGUGUGUGUGAACCCCAUGAUCUCAUACGCCGACAGCUGUAACUGCUCUGACUCCAGUGACAUUGAGUUGAGCGACGAGUGGGUCGGGAAGAAGUCACCAAAGUUAUCCAGAGGAAACAGGAUGAACAUAGAAUUAAGAAAAUCGCCCAAACUCUCACGGGCCAAUCAGGAAGGCCAGCGGUCACCACGGUUACCAACAAAGAAGCCUCCAGUUCGAUCUCCCAGUCUGACUCGACGGGAGUUUUCUAUGGAUGGAAUCACAGAGCACAACUACCUUGCUCAAGUCACAUCCAACAUAUGGGGGACAAAGUUCAAAAUUGUCGGACUUGCAUCGUUCCUCCCCGCCAACCUGGGAGCAGUCAUCUAUAAGACCAGUUUACUUCAUUUGCAACCGAGGCAGAUGACGAUCUACCUGCCGGAAGUGCGAAAGAUUUCUCACGACUUCAUGAGCCUGCCCGUGUUCAACCCUAAUGUGUUCAGUGAAGAUGAGGACGAUUUACCAGUUAUGGGGCCGUCUGGAGUGGCAGGAGACAAUCCUCCCUGUACGGUCAACAUUCCCAUCGCUCCCAUCCACAGCCCAGCUCAGGCCAUGUCCCCGACUCAGAGUAUCGGCCUGGUUCAGUCUCUCCUGGCCAAUCAGAAUAUUCAGCUCGACGUCUUGACCAACCCCACAGCCACUGCAGUGGUGGCAGCUGCAGCAGCUGCAGCUUCUUCCCCUGUCACCGAUCACGGCCAGGAUGCAGUUGCAACACCGUACCCAGUGCCAACCAGAUACUCAAACCCUGGCCAGGUGAUCUUCAACGGGCUGGAGAUGGGUCCUCUUCUUCCUGGUACUCUACCACCUCCACCUCACCAUCUCCCACCACAGCCUCACCCACAGCGGUCUCAUUCGCAGCAGCCUCGCCAACAGUCAAAGCAGUCGCAACAAAUGCAGACGCAGCAGCAGCAGCAGCAGCAGCAGAAAAUGCAUCAUCAUCAACAACAGCAGCAGCAGCAGCAGCAACAGCAACACCAUCAUCAGUCGCAGUCACAACAGCAGCAACAACAGCAGCAGCAACAACAGUUACAGCAGCAACAUCAACAGCUACAGCAACUGCACCAGCAGCAGCAGGCGCUACAUCAACAUUUGGCAAGUACCAGGGCCGGAGAUUUAGAUGGCUCCUAG